ACAAAGAAAGGAAAAUGUUGGUGGUCAUAUUUUGUUUCUUGAAUAUUCUAUUUUCGGUGACAUCUUUUGAUCUUGAGGACGACGAUGAUUCAUGGAAAGAACUGACUUUCUCAAUAAGAACAGAUGGUAAUGGUACUAUCGAAAGUGCUCAUAUCCAAUGGACUGAUCGUUUUGAUGACUCAUUUGCCUAUGCCUACACGAACGAAAAUCGGACAGAUUUGAAGUUUUUAUAUGACAAGCCACGCCCUGAACUAUUCGUCAGCAAAAACUUCAUCGUGGACGCAUUCACUCAAUUCAUGGAUUUUUUCCAGAAUCGAACAAAAAUUUCCAGAAUUAGUGUGACGCUUCCAUCAUUGACAGAUGAUCUCAAGAAGAUCACAAAACGAAAAAAUUCCGUUAAAACAAAACCAGCAAUUGAUAAUUUUCGUUUCAACUCGUAUGAUUCAUUGUUGUACAACGAACUUUUGAGGUUAUCUACCGGAAUCCCGAAACAGUUGAAAAUUUCAUUUUUCUACUAUCCUGAGCGGACUGAGAAAGUUCUGGACGGUACAAUUUUGAAUCAUCCCAAGGUUCGAGAAAUCACUGAACUGGAUCUUCGUACUGUUGAAAGUGAUAUUAAUGAUGCUCAACUUCAUCAAUUGGAAUGUGAAUCUAUUUCUCUGAGAUCUUCCACGGUAACCAAUGCAGGAAUUAACCGAAUUUUAAAGGAAUGGCAAGAUGGAUUACGACCGACUCGUUAUUUGAAACUAGUGAAUGAUGAUUUACAAAAGGCUGAAAUUAUGGAUGGAGUCUCGAAACGAACAUUGCAACGUGGCGUUUGGGAAAUUAAGAAUCGAUUCAACGCCUCGGCUACUGUAACCGUAAGCCGUGUGCCGACUAAUCUAUAUGAUUCAAAGCCGACGUUUGAGUUUGCGGUUUCUUAAAAAAUCAUGGUAAAAAAUAAAUAUCAAUGUUAUAUUUUUUUAUUUAUCUAUUGAACCAUUAAAUGCAUAUAGCUUGUCUAAUGAAAUAAACUUGAUAAGUA